AUGUUUUUGAGUGUCCCGAUAAAAUAUAGCGUUCAUUUCCGUCCACUCUACGCUUCUAUAGCGUUGUUAUAUUCACAAGAGAACUGUCGUCUAUUCACGAGGCCAUCUUCUUCGAAAAUUGGUCCAUAUUUUUGCAUCAAGCCAACUUCAAAANUGUUUUUGAGUUUACCGAUAAAAUAUAGCGUUCAUUUCCAUCCAUUCUACGCUUCUAUAGCAUUGCUACAUUCACAAGAGAACUGUCGUCUAUUCACGAGGCCAUCUUCUUCGAAAAUUGGUCCAUAUUUUUGCAUCAAGCCAACUUCAAAAGCAACUCGAACGUCGAACAUCAUCUUGUCAAACUGCGCGGAAUCAGCGUCAAGACGUCAUAUGUCUACCACCAACUCUGUAUUCACGCCAAUUAGCAGUUCACCAGAUGAGCGGAAAAUCUUCGCUACACUCAAUAGAUUCUUGGCUGAGCAAGAUGGCUUUGAAUGGCAUCAUUUCAGGGUAGGAUCAUACAAUGCAAUUGUACAAAAAGGUGUUCAACUGAAAUACGAUGAUAAUGUAAUGAGUGUUGUCAUACUGAACACACCAUCAUGGUUUGAAAGCACCUAUAGAGAAUCGCUUGUGAAACAGUAUCGGAAAGGUGAAACGAUUGAGGAAUUCGCGAAACGAAUUGGUCCAAAUCCAGUGCGAUCAUUUUUUGAGAAGAGAUUCGAAGAAAUUGUCGAGGUUAAUUGA